UGCAUAGAACUAGCUGGUGUGGCAACUGAAUUUAUGUUUUACGGAUAUGCAGAGGAAGGCCUUGCAGAUAUAACCAAGUUAGAUGUAUUGCUCAAAGGCUUGGGAUUCACACAGAAGAAAGAAGAUUCCCAAGUUACAUGGUCUGUGCUAAACACCAUCCUACUGUUGCGUAGCCAUGAAGUAGCACAAGCUAAACUUGCAGAGGCAAUAUCCCUGGGAAAAUCUGUAGGAUCUUGCAUCCACAUUAUAGAGAAUAACAUCAAUGAUGCUGACAUCUAAUUGCAACUGGCUUUACUGGCUAACUUUUUUUUUUUUUUCAUUUUUUUCUAUUAUUUUCCUUUUUUUUCCUCUUGAUUAC